AUGGACGCCCACCCGGCCUCCAAACUAUGGCACCCCUCCCAGCUCGAGAUGCGGCCUCCGAUGCCCCCGCCGCUCCUCACGCCAUCCGCUACACCCCCAGCCUCGCGAUACCCCGAUCAGCCCAGCCCGACUAAACGGCCCCGGCUGAGUCCUUCUGCUUCCAGUACUGCAUCUACGUCUACAUCUGAGCAUAUCGCUACAACUGCUGCUGGAAAAGAUUCAGCGAGAGAUGAAGAGGCGAAAAGAUCACGUGAGGCUGCGCGGUUGGCGAGGGUCGAGGAGCGACAACGUGCGGAUCGGGAGUUUGAGAAGGAGAGGUUGGCGAGCGUGCAGAGGUUGCAGGAUCGGUGGGCUGCGUUGGCCGAACGAUAUACGCGCGCGCUGGACGAGGAUGAUAUUAUUGAUCUGCGGACCAUCACUAUCACGCGUGAUCGGGGCGUCGUGAGGGGUACCACGCAGUCCACGGCUUUUGGCGAAUUAUCCGAGGAGGCGGAGGGUGGCGAGGAGGAGGACGAGGAGGAGGGUGAUGGGGCGCAGACGGAAGCCGAGGGAGAGGGCGAGGUGGACGAGAGCGAGGACGAGCUGGAGGUGGCGGAUGUGGUUGCGCCCGUUCCAAGACGUCGAGACCCGUUCGACGACGAGGACCUGCGCGAAUUCAUGGACGCCGAGAAACAACGAAAACAGCUCUAUGGCGAUGACGUCGAAGAAGACGAGGAGGACGAGCUGAACGUGACGAGAGAGGAGGAUGCCACCGACUCUGACGCCGACUCGCUCGACGUGCCCCUCGCUUCGCUCUCCCGGCCCGCUAGCCCGUCAAGACCACCACCACAGAGGCGUCGUCCGCCUGAUGACGACGAUGACGAGUCUGAGGACGAGCUGGGCGCUUGGGCAAACGACGAGUCCACGGCGAUAUACCGUGUGAGGGACCCGCCCCCUGUCGCACGAGACUCCUCGCCUUCGCUCCCAGCCAGCUCCCCAGAGCCCUCAGCGCCCUCGUCACCUUCUCCUAUACCCGCUUCUCUGCCUAUUCAGACCCCGCGACCGAAGAAGAAGUUCGUGCCGCCUCCGGGCACAGAGGUCAUCGAGAUUGACGACGACACGCCGCCUUCGUCUCCUCGCCUUCCUUCUUCACCGGUGUUCCCAUCUUCGGAUGCUCCUUUACCGCCUUCCUCACCGCUACCAUCAUCGUCGCCUCCACCAAUGUCGGAUACGGACUUUUCCUCGCCUGCGCCGUUCGACUUUGGCUUUGCAUCUUCAUCGAAGAUCUCACGGCCUUUCCAACUGGUCACACCGCCUGAAUCGUUCGCAUCUGCUUCGAGCGAUAUUGAGUCUACUGCAUCUCUACCUACAAGAACGCCUAUGCGACCUAAGCCGAGACCAGUAUACGGAGGACGCAUAGCGGCAUCUGCAUCUACUUCUACCGAUUCUCUCAUUGGCAAAACGCCACGGCCGCUACGCAAGGCUGAAGUCUUACUUUCUCGGCGAACGGCACCCUUGCUAUCGUCACCUCUUACAUCUUCGAGCAGCUCAAUCGCACCAUCGACACCGUCAUCUUCCUUAUCCCCUCGCAAACCCUCACCAGGCCCACGUCUCCCACGUCCAUUCGUUGGAUCCAGUAUGGACAAGGGCAAACAGCGCGCCGUCGAGACUCCUAUAAGAAGCAGAUCAGCCGCGCCUCUUCAUCCUCUUCCGCAUAAAUCCGCUGCGACCUCGGCGUCCGUGUCGACGGCGUCCGUGUCGACGGCGUCCUUCUACUCUCAACCUCAACCCCAAACAAGACAGGGGUCGCCGCCUAUGAAAUUCAGUCCUCCGCGCGGAAGGUCGAGGAGCCGGCCUGCGUCCCCGUCUAGUUCGACGACGGCUACGGUGAAGAAGAGGAAGAGGGUCGAGUCGGUGCCUGAUCCGCCUCAGCCUGAGGUUGUGGUGGGCUCUUCGUCUUCAGCUCAGAAUGACGAACGAGGGAGGAGCGGGGAGAAAGUGAAAGAAAAGGAAGAAGAUAUGGGGAGAGGACGUGGGAGGUCAGUCUCGCGUGCGCCGAGGGCGUCUAGUCGGGCGCCUGUCAGAGAUGCUAGUGCUUCGCCUCGUCGUACAGACGACCGUUCUAGAGCACUUUCCCGAGCUCGAAGCAAAUCCCGCGCAAGAAGUAAAUCCCGCGGACCCGCGCCCUCAAACGUCCCUCCACCAUUACCAGCUGCGUUCCCCGCUGGCAGCAGCACAGCAAAGAGACCCGUCGGUCGCCCGCCCAAAUCCUCCGCACCACCUAAACCUCCACCCAAGACGCCCUCUGCGCCCAAACCAUCCGCCUCGACCUCAACCUCAACAAGACCGCCGCCCAAAACGCCCGCUGCAUCAUCAUCCAAAUCCACUCCUCUCGCUACGUCCCAACCUCAAGCCCAAUCGCAAGCUGCACCGCCAGCCGGCUUCGACGCGCUCUUCGCGAACGGCCUCACGCCCGAAGCCGGUCUUCAGGCGCAUGCGAUAUUGGCGAAUGCGAUGCAGCAGCUAAGCGCGUUGAUGGGUACACCGGCGCCUGAGGAUGCGCCACAACCCGUUGCUGUGCAAGCGGGAAGAGGGAGGAGUAAGAGCGUUGUGAGGAGGGGCGCCGAGGAAGGUGAGAGUGGGAGUAGAGGGAGAGAAAGGAGUCGGGGACGGUAG